CCUGGGGCUGUCCGUGCCCCUCCUGCUGCUGCUGCCGCUCCUCUGAGAUGCGCCGGGCGGCGGCUCGCCCCCGCCGCAGGGGGACGGGCGGGAGGAGCCGGCGGCAGCCCAGCUCCGCCGCCCGGCGUGCGGCCGGUGGCAGCAGCAGCCCGAGGCACUGACGCCCCGGCGGGGGAGGAUGAGGCGCUGGGGCGAGCUUUGCAGCGGUGCCACCCAGCCUGCGCGGGCGGGCGGGCUGCCUCAUCCUGUGGGGGGACCCGGCCGCGGCCCCGGCCGCGCUCUGCCCCUGUGAAGGAUGUGAUGCCGCCGCGCUCGCCGCUCCCCCGCCCCGGCUGACGGGAACGCCGAGCGGAGCCGCGGCGUCGCAGCYUUCCCUUUCUCCUUUCGAAGUUGGGCUUCGGUGGCUCGGGGCCGGCGGCGCCUCCGCCCUGAGGCGGCCCCGAUGGGCCCGCGGCCGCGGGCACUGUCGCCACAGCCGCCCUCCUGACCCAACCCCGGCGCCCGCGGGGCGGCUGCUGUAGCCGGGGGCAGCUGUAGCCGGAGGCGGCCGCGGCGCUCGCGUUGCUGCAAAGCCGCCGCUCUGCGGGGCGGAGUGUGUCCCCGCCGGCUCGCCGUGCGGGGAGGCGGGCCGGGGGCCGGCUGAGAUGGGAGAGAGCAUGUCCAAGAGGCUGAAGCUGCAGCUGGGCGGUGAAGCGGARAUGGAGGAGCGGGCUUUCGCUAACCCCUACCCCGACUACCAGCCCCAGGGAGCCGUGGCAGCCCCCAGCGCGGCGGACGCCCACCGGGACAGGGCGCUGCUGCAGCCGGCGGAGGAGGAGUCCCUCCCCUUCGGCGCCGAUGGGAAGGUCAAUGCUCAGUUCUCAAAACGUAUCCAGGCAAAAAUCAAGGACCUUCUGCAACAAAUGGAGGAAGGCCUGAAGACAGCAGAUCCACAUGACUGCUCUGCUUAUACUGGCUGGACUGGUAUUGCCCUCUUAUAUCUGCAGCUGUACCGCGUCACAAAAAACCAGAGUCAUUUGCAGCGAUCUCUUGAUUAUGUGAAGAGAAUCCUUCGCAAUCUGAAUGGCAGAAGAGUGACUUUCCUCUGUGGUGAUGCUGGGCCAUUGGCAGUAGGUGCAGUGGUUUACCACAAACUGAAAAACAACAGUGAAUCUAAAGAAUGUGUUGCCAAGUUGUUGCAACUUCAAAGGACAGUGAUAAGCACAGAUGGUGAACUUCCAGAUGAGCUGCUCUAUGGCAGAGCAGGUUACUUGUAUGCCUUGCUGUACCUAAAUACUGAAAUUGGUCCAGACACUGUCCCACAGUCUGUUGUCAAAGAGGUAAUAGAUGCUAUUAUUGAGUCGGGGAAAAACUUUUCAAAGGAGGAGCGGAAAACAGACCGUUGUCCUCUGUUGUACCAGUGGCACAGAAAGCAGUAUGUUGGAGCAGCCCAUGGAGUAGCUGGGAUCUAUUACAUGCUCAUGCAGCCAAUUGCAAAUGUGGACCAGGAGACCCUGGCAGAGCUAGUGAAGCCAAGCAUUGACUACGUGCGUCAUAAAAAAUUCCGAUCUGGGAAUUACCCAUCAUCGCUGAGCAACGAGACUGACAGGCUGGUUCACUGGUGCCAUGGUGCCCCCGGAGUCAUCCACAUGCUCAUGCAGGCUUAUAAGACUUUUAAAGAGGAUAAAUACUUGAAAGAUGCUAUGGAUUGCAGUGAUGUCAUCUGGCAGAGGGGUUUAUUAAGAAAAGGGUAUGGGAUCUGCCAUGGCACUGCUGGCAAUGGCUACUCCUUCUUGUCUCUCUAUAACCUAACUCAGGACAGAAAGUAUCUCUACCGAGCUUGCAAGUUUGCUGAAUGGUGUUUGGAGUAUGGUGCUCAUGGAUGUCGUAUUCCUGACAGACCUUAUUCCCUCUUUGAAGGCAUGGCUGGAGCUAUUCACUUCCUGUCAGAUAUUUCGGUACCGGAGACUUCCCAGUUUCCAGCAUUUGAACUUAGACCUCAAAAGAGGGAAAACAAAGUGGAACAGGACGGCUAAAACCAUCAUUUUGAAAGGAAACUGAAACCAAAAGAGAUGAGACUGUUUAGUGCCUCUGAUAAUGAACCAACUCGAUGCUGAACCGACAGAUGGAUAAAGCCCUUUUCUCACCUCUCCUGUCCCAAAGGACCAUGAAGUCAUUAGAGCAUGAACAGGAGAAGCCACAUUUAAGUUCUGUUAAAUUGACACCUUCAGAUGGAGGACCAGAGAAGUCAAGUUAUGAACUUACUCUUUUCUGUUGUAUUUGUCUUCUUCAGGUCUUUGCCAUGCUCUGCACGUUUAUUGGUGUUGUGUGUUGAUCCGAGUCUUUUGUCGUUAGCAAAAAGCUGGUCUCUGUGAACCUCUGUCCUGUACCUUCGUGCAUGACUCACAAGAGCAGUGUUGCUUUCUGCAGCCUGCUUACCUGCACAGAGAGUUCAUUGCAGGAYGGUGCCCAGCUUCACUGGUGAGCUGGCCGCUCUUAAAAGAGAUGAAAAAUGUUUCUAUGUUCCUUUCCCCCACACUUUUUCUCCAUAUUCCUUGCAAACUAAGAUGGUGAAGAUCAGCCUGUUUUGAUUAAGAGGUAUGAGGCCAUCUCUGUUUUCAGAAACCUAGCAAGUUUGAAAGGAGCUGACUUGUCUUUUGCUGCUGUUGUGGGAGGCUUCUUUGAAAGUCUGAAAGAGAGGCUCUCUUUGAUACAGGAGGAUAGUGUUAGGUGCUUAUGACAGGGUGGAAAUGCUUCUCCCACCACUGUAAAGCCCUCAUCYUAUGCCAUGGGCUUAAACUGCAGGUGGAGACACUCGGACUAACCUCCGUAAGCCACCAACAGCAGAGCCUGGACAGYAUAACUGCUUCUCUUUUCCUGGACCUGGAUUUGGAAUAAACCUGUCCUGCAGCAUCUCAUAUAUGGAUGAGCAAGGGAGGGCACCAGGGCAAGCUUCUCAUGCAUGUAGYUCAGGAUGGUUGUUACUUUGGAACCAAGGUGGUUAUUUGUUCUGGACCCUCCCCUCCCAUGGAGUAGUACAGGAGUGAUAAAUACCAGCUGCUCAUGGAGGCUGCGGAGGAUUAUUGAGCAAUAUGAAGGCAUUGCUAGCAGCUGUGAUUGAAGUAUAUUUUGUCUUAAAAUACACACAGAGAAAGCCCUUUUCUCAUCAUUUUAACUGCUGCUAGUAUCAUGCUUCCCCCUGUAAUGUAGUGGGGUUAUGAAAUACUAGACCUGCCUUGAGGUGCUCCUGCAUAUCAGGCCACUGGUUUGGGAGAAGUGGGAUGUACUCCAAGUACACUGAGCAAGUUAGUGUGUCCAGGUAGUACCAAAGUGUAGCACACUCUCAGUCACUCAGGCUCUCUGGUCAUCUUGCCCCAGGUCUCCCUGACCUUUGCCAUUGCAGGUGCUGAUUUUAAUUGGUAUCUUCUGUCAGCUAUCUUCUGUUACAGAUGGCAAAGUUUGACCUUUUGGCCAUUCAUUGAGCUAUCUGAUCUA